AGGAGAGGGAGAGAGAAGGAGGGGAAAGGAGAGAAGACAAAAGAUUCAAAACAAAGGACGUUUUUGGACGACAGGAAAAGUUCUCGUAAACAUCCAGCUCUGACAAGGAUGGGCAGUCUUCCAAUCGCCCUUCUCCUCUGCGGUUUCCACGCUCUCACAGCUGUAGCCCAAGCCCCACAGGCUGAGGUGGAUCUCCCCAGAGGUGACUGGAAUGAAGAGGAGGCUCUGGUGUCUGUCUCUACCCUACCCCCUGACUGUAGGGAAGAGACGUACCCCUGCACCAGGAUGUACUCUGUCCACCGGCCCAUCAAGAGAUGCAUCCACUCCCUCUGUCUUUACAGCCUCCCUCGUGUCUAUGUGAUCAACAAGGAGAUCUGUGUGAGAACUGUGUGCCAACAGGAUGAGUACCUGAAGGCUGAGCUCUGCAGGGAGAGGUCCGGCUGGCCUAAACGCUUCCAGAGGUCAACCACCAAUAAGAAACGCUGUCGCAAUCGCCGUGGCAACCCCAAAACCUGGGAAAACAAGGCCUGAUGGGCCCAAGAUGGCGGAGAUGGAAGGAGGGGCGGAGGAAGAAGGGAGGAAGGAGAGAAGGAGGAGGAGGGAGGACACCCUUGGAGACAGAACACUGGGUUGUCUCCAUAAAAACACCCCAAAACACCAUAAAUCCACCGCUCAACACCUGGUGCUAGCCUGUGCCUAAUUACACACACACACAUACAUAUACAACCACACGCAUGCACGGACAGACACACACAGAGACACACAUGCACAA